AUGGCAGAUUUCAUAUUGGCUAAUGAACUUGAUGAUGAUAUUGGAGAUUUUGAUGCAGGGGCAUCGACAAAUAGUGAUAAUGAUAAGGUUGAUAGCUCAUUAAUUAAAAGAAUUCUUUGUGAAAUGAAAAGUGAAUUUAAUAGAGGGAUUGGUAAUAUACCUUAUACUAGAAUAUUUAAAGAUGAUAUUGAUGACCCAUUGCCUGAGUCAGUUAGCUCUAAAAUAGACCCUGCAGCAAAUGGUUUUGCCAAUGAUGAAAAAAUACUACUGAUAAAAGAGGACGAAAGUAAUGAGGAUUCUUUGAUAAACCAGUCAAUAAAUAUUGAAGAAGUUAAUCAGACAUCAGACAAUAUAAAUUCUGUUAUAUUGGGUGGUAAGGAAAGUGAGGUUGUUGAUGAUAGACCAGAUUCCAAGUUGAAUAAUGUUUCUGAUAAAGCACUUCCUGAGGAAUCCGAAAUACCAAAAAAGAAGAGAGUCAACAAAGAAAAUCAGAAGAAGUCAGACAAAACUCCCGAAAUUCAAACUUCCGAAGAAGUUCCAGAAAAGAAAGGCAGAAGGUCUCUCAGAAAUAUCGAAAAAGCAGAUCCAGAAGUAGGUUUAAAACGCUCAUCUCGCCGAAUGUCUAAAGAAUAUUCACGUGAAUCUGUAUUACAGAAUGCUAUUGCUAGAAAAGAAAAGUCUUUCAACUCCCUUAACCCAACCGAAGAUAAACAUAGACGUUCAUCUAGACUAUCAGAUGAGAAAAGUGCUGCAAAAACACGAUCGUCAAUAAAAAAUAAUUUAAAAUCAACUGUUGAAACAGAAUUACCCUCUUCUAAAGUAACCAAUGACAGUGUCAAAGUAUUGAAUGGGAAGACAUCUAAAGUUAGUCUUAAUGAAGUAGAUACUGAUAAUGAAUUAAAGAAGGCAACUAAAAUUUAUUCACCAAUAAAAAUCAGCUCUCUUGCAGAUUCAGAACAUGCUUCAGAAGAUGAUCUGUCUAUUAAUUUCCAGCCAGAAAAUGAAUGGGAAAAAGGUACAGAUAGUUCAUCAAAUAUCAGUAGCAAUAGUUUUCAAUCAAAGAAAAACAAGUAUUCUCUUCAUAAUGACCAGCUUCAGCCUCCAGCUAAAAAAUCUAGACCAAACAGUUCCCCAGUUCCACCAGAAGCAUCUGAAGCUCCUCAGUAUGAAAGUGAUAUCCCAUUAAUGGCAUGGGUUAAUGGUAUUUGUGAAUGUAUAACGGAUGGAGGCCUGUAUCCUAGUAAAGGAAGUAUUUCGACAUCAAGAUAUUGUCGUGCUCUAGAUACGUUCGAGAGUCGAAUAAUAGGUUGUUGUAAUCAAAUUGAUGAAAACACUCCUCUUCUUCGCCCUAGUAAAACCAUACCAAUGUUGUUGAUGUGUCAGGUUCACAUCGAGCGAUUGAAAAGGCAUAAUUGUUGUCCUACUUGUGGACUUUUUUGCACUCAGGGCAAUUUUUACCAAUGUAAAGAUUAUCAUUUUUUUCAUAAAGAAUGUGAACUGAAGAGAGAUGAUUGCUAUCUAUGUCCUCAUUGCGCUUCGGAAGAUUUUAUUGAAGUUAAAUUAACUCUUGGAUCUCAUCAGUACCCAGUGUUCUUGCCGAUGCAGAAACCACCGAAUAAAUUUCCUCUUGCUCGAAUUACUUUGAACCACACAUCUUUUCGAGGUUUUGAUGAAAAGGAUGAAGAAGAAGUGAAAGUUCUAGUUCCGGCUAAAGAUCUCACCUUCAACAAAAAGAAAAUAUCUACUGAUGGAAUACCUUCAGUUGAAAAAGAAAAGUUAGAAAACUUAAUGCAUGCUUUAUCUACUAGAAAUGAUGUUGCUCAGAGAUAUUCACAGAGAGCCUUUUAUCAAGCUUGCAAGAAUGGAGAUGCUGAGAAAUUACUUUCUAUGUUAAACAGUUCUAACUUUUCAAUCAAGGAUACCUCAUCUUUAAUGGCUCUGCAUGCAGCUGCUGGAAAUGGUCACCUGUCUGUUGUUCAUAUUUUAGUGCAGGCUGGUUCUGCCUUAGAGAGCUUAGAUAAAUCUCAGUAUACCCCUUUGAUGCUUGCUGCUUUAAAUGGACAUAAUAAUGUUGUUAAGUAUUUGGUCAAAGCUGGAGCAGAUGUCUCUUUCAAAGGUAGUGAUGGUAUGACUGCUUUGCAUUUAGCAGCAAAAAUCGGUAACCUUGAAGCUUGUCACUAUCUUCUGUCAGCUGCUAAUACUCCAUUGGCGUACGUGGACUGUGUCGAUGAUGGUCUUUGGACACCUCUAGUUUGGGCAGCUGAGAAUAGACACGCUAAUGUUGUUAGGUAUUUACUUGAGAAGAAAGCCGAUCCUCAGUUGAGAGAUUCGGAAAUGAAUAUUGCUUUACAUUGGUCAGCAUUCUCUGGCAGUAUGGAGAUUACAGAAGACCUAAUUAAUUACGGAUCUGCUGUCAACUUGUGUAAUGCUCAUGGAGAUACUCCGUUGCAUAUCGCUGCUCGUCAAGCUGCUGACAAUUGCGUUAUGUUAUUGUUGGCGAGAGGUGCUCGAAGUGACAUUACAAAUAAAGCAGGACAGUUAGCUAGAGAUUGUGUACUGCUCGAGUCAUCUUAUUGUAAAACAGCAAUUGAACUAAACAUGAAAAUUACUAGCUUAGUUAAGGGAACCAUUCAGUCUCCUCGGAUUCUCUGCAAUGACAUCAGCAGGGGAAAUGAAAUGAAUCCGAUCCAAUGUAUUAAUGAUAUAGACGAAGAACCUCUCCCAAGGGGUUUUAUCUAUAUCACUGAAAAUUGUAUAACAUCUAAUUUAUCUAUUGACAGGCGGAUAACGACCAUGAGUGGUUGUCGCUGUGAAGAUAUGUGUACGACUGCAAGUUGUAUGUGUUCUAGAAUCAGUCUUCGUUGUUGGUAUGACAAUAGAGGAAAACUUUUACCUGACUUCAAUUUCAAAGAUCCACCUAUGAUUUUUGAAUGCAACCAGACAUGUGAAUGUAAUGCUAUUACUUGUAAAAAUCGUGUUGUUCAAAGAGGUUUAAAAGCUAAACUUCAGGUUUGCAGGACCAGGCAUAAAGAAUGGGGUGUUAUUACAUUAAAGGAAAUACCCAAGGGUACCUAUGUUUGCGAGUACAUUGGUGAAAUUAUAUCAGACUGUGAAGCAGAUACCCGUGAAGAUGAUUCUUACUUGUUUGAUUUAGACAAUAGGGAUGGUGAAUCAUAUUGUAUUGAUGCAUGUAAAUAUGGUAAUGUCACACGAUUUGUUAAUCACAGCUGCAAGCCUAACUUGGUUCCUGUGAGAGUUUUUAUUGGUCACCAUGACUUACAUUUUCCAAGGAUAGCGUUUUUUGCUGCAAGAGAUAUAGCACCAAAUGAAGAACUUGGUUUUGACUAUGGUGAGAAAUUUUGGAUUAUUAAAUGUAAAAAAUUCACAUGUGCUUGUGAGGAAGAGAACUGCCGGUAUUCAUCGACGACUAUUCAUGAAACUCUGGAGAAGUACAAAGAAAAAAUUAAAUUAGAAGAAUCAUUGUAA